UGCUCUCUUCACUGCCGCAGCUGUUAUAUAACCCGUUCAACCUAUAUCUACGCCUCUUUCUUGCUAGAGUAUCGUUCAGUCAACCAUGGCUUCUCCACAACAGAUCAGGACUCCUCUCACAGAUCUCUUGAAGAUCAGACACCCCGUUCUCCUUGCUGGCAUGAACGUUGCGGCUGGUCCUAAGCUCGCUGCCGCUGUCACCAAUGCUGGAGGUUUGGGAGUUAUCGGUGGCCUCGGCUACACCCCAGACAUGCUGAGAGAGCAGGUAGAGGAGAUCAAGAGCCAUCUCGUCGAUAAGAAUGCUCCAUUCGGAGUCGACCUGCUGCUUCCACAGAUCGGAGGAAACGCUCGAAAGACCAACUACGACUACACCAAGGGAAAACUCGACGAGCUGAUCACCGUUGUCAUCGAGAGCGGUACCAAGCUCUUCGUGUCUGCCGUCGGUGUCCCACCAAAGCACGUCGUGGACCGUCUACACGCAGCCGGAAUCCUCUACAUGAACAUGAUCGGCCACCCCAAGCAUGUACAGAAGUGCCUGGACGUCGGUGUCGACAUCAUCUGUGCCCAGGGCGGUGAGGGCGGUGGCCACACCGGAGACGUUCCCACCAGCAUCCUCAUUCCUACCGUGGCCAAGCUCUGCCAGGGCAAGACCAGCCCCAUGACCGGCCUGCCGGUCCAGGUUGUUGCUGCCGGUGGUAUCUUCAAUGGCCAGAGCGUUGCCUCCGCCCUCAUGCUCGGUGCCUCCGGCGUCUGGGUCGGUACUCGGUUCAUCCUAGCUGAUGAGGCCGGCGCCCCCAAGGACCACCAGGAGGCCGUCCGCACCGCCGGUUUCGACGACAACGUCCGAACCAUCAUCUUCACUGGCCGUCCCAUGCGUGUGCGCAACAACGCAUACAUCACCAACUGGGAGGAGAACCGUGCCGAGGAGAUCAAGGAGCUCACCAGCAAGGGUAUCAUCCCUGUUGAGCACGACUUUGAGAACAUGGAAGAUAUCGACGACGAGACUGUCGACAACGCCCGACCACACCUCAUGGGCAAGGCUGCCGCCGUCGUCGACGAGAAGAAGCCAGCCAAGGACAUCGUUGAUGAGCUCGUCAAUGAUGCUGUCGCCUGGAUCAAGAAGGGCAACGCCUAUAUCUCCAAGCCUAAGCUUUAA